AUGCACGCGGGUCCUGGUGUUUGCGGAAAAUCUGUGUCGCCGAAUUCAGCGCGUUUCCGCCCGCCCCCUCCCUCUCGCGAUCAGCGGAAAACCUACUGCGCCCGAAUUUGUCACGCUGCGUCGCAUAACGGAGCUCACCACCGAGAGUUCCACCACGCACGGUCUUACCUGCCUUCUCGCAGCAAGUACUUUCAUCACAUAGGCCCCAACAGAAAGUAUCAUCGGCUAGGGUAACAUGGCCAUCCGGGCAUUCUCCAUCCCACUCUUCACAUAUCUCUGCAGGACACGACAAACCACCGGGAACCACGACGGAACAAACACACAUUCGUGCACGCAUUUCUGUGUCUGACACCAAGGAUCAUUGCAACAACAACCGUCCACGUCGAGUGUAGCCCGUUCAUUGGUUCAUGCAGCGUUUGGUUUCAAACCGGGUAUCAAAAAUAUAUGGGGUCUUGCCGUGAGCACGCUAGGUGUGACUUUUGCGCCAAACUCCCCACCCACAGUAUAUGGAAGGAAAGGUAGGUCAGUGGCGUUGAUGAUAUUGGUCAUUUCGUGGGCACCUUGUACUCACGGCGUGUUGGGUGGGUGAGCCCAGGAUCGUGUGUGUGUGUUUAUUCCCAGCAAGCACGGUUGACCGUUGGACGUGGAUGAUGCAUGGCGGCCUUUCGGGUUUUUAUUAUUGGUCUCUGAGCAUGGAGGCGGCAGCAGUAGUGUUGUGAAAAACCUUGCACCCGGAAGCUAGGUGGUAGGACAUGCACCCAUCCAACCUAAAGACGCUUGGGCUAGGCCUGCUACGCCCCCAUUUGAGGGUUCGCUCUUUCUUGUGGCAUGGAGCUGUAAGAAUACUGUAUUCUGAAGCCCUCCUAGGGCUGUAGUCUCUAGCGUAAGGUCUCGAACCUAUUUCGAUUCUGACCCCAGGUUCUAGACCCAGAUAGGCCGCUUUUCCGUGCUUACUUCGUUUUAGAGUUGGCGAUCUCCGGGGUCUUCUCUGAUUUUUUUUUUUUUCGGUCGAUGUUCUCGAGAUGGCAACGACAGAUUUUUGAGUUGGUUCGAAGACGUGCUUCUCCUUCCUCCUCAAGUUUCGUGCGAAAGCUCCUGUUAGUUUUCGAGAAAUUAUUUUCUCCUUCUAUGACUUAUUCGUAGAUCUCCUCGGUGCCACACCGAACCGACCCGCAAAAUCAAAACUUCAACCUUCAGCGGUAAUCAAUUUCCGUGCUCAUUUGCCGCACUCCAUGCCACGAGGGUUUCCAUUCCAUCUGAAAUCCUGGAACACAACGUGACCCAAACGUGUUCGCUCUCAGCCCUUGUUUCUCGGCUUGCGCCUGUUCUCCAGUUGCUUUCAGCCCCUGCCUUUUCACCGUCUCUGAUAUUUUUGUUGACUUGAUUGCGAUGAUUUGCUUCCGCGCUCAUUGUUGUUCGUCUUCAAUGGUGCCGCUGAGGCUGUAUACCGAGCGUAAUAAUGAAUCUGUUUUAUUUAGUCAUUCGCAGAUUUAGUACCUAGGGUUUUUGUAGUGUCGUAUGCUAUCGUGUGUUCCGGAGUUUGGAUACCCUUA